GUGCAGUAAGCUGCCUGAAGCAGCAACAGCAGCGUUACCUCGCCGUGAAGCUGUGCCUGUCCCCGCUCUGGGAUCUCCCUGUGCAGUAAAGGCAGCAUUAACCCCCCUCCCUCCAUCCCCACUCCCACACACAGGAGCUGGCUACAUCCCCUCCCCACUCUCCUCCUCCAGCCUCCUCCCCCCACCUGGACGGCACCUCUUCCUCUCCUCGGUGCAUCAUCUGAAAGCCGGGGCUCCACUGUUCUGCAUGACUCCGGGAUCGAGCCUCACCAUCGCCCUCCUGCUCCCGCUCACCUGCGGGUUGGAGUUUGUGGUCAACCCCGCCAACCUGACCGUCUCCCUGGGCCUGAAUGCUCAAAUGGGAUGUCGGCUGCAGGGGUUCUUGGGACAGCCCACCAUCGGCUGGGUGAAGGACGGCCAAGAGUUGCAGAGCGCGGAGUUCAUGAGCGUUCACGUCGGCGAGGACGAGUUUCUCAGCAACAUCAGGUUGGUGGAUGUGCAGCAGACAGACAUGGGCUGGUAUUGGUGCGUAGCCACAGUGAAUGGCUCUCACACUAACUCGAAAAAGGCGUUUCUGGCUGUCGAAGGUCUACCGUACAUCACAGUGCAACCUCAGGACAGGAUCGUUUUUAAAAAUACGCCCUUCAACUUGACAUGUGCUGCUAUUGGAAGGCCAGAACCGACCGAGAUUGUGUGGAAGAUGGGGGAGGUGUUAGUUGAAGGAACAGGGAAGGAAUCUCCUUCUGUGCUGACACUUAAAGGAAUUGACAGACCGACCACCUUCACUUGUGAGGCACGCAACUCAAAGGGAGUCGCUGUUUCCAGGACAGCGAGCGUCAAAGUCAAAGUCCUGCCAGCCAAGCCGGAUAGGGUGAGCAUCGCCAACGAGACUGCCAACAACGCCACCGUCAGUUGGACUGCCGCCUUCGAUGGCUUCUCGAAGCCGCAGAACUGCACAGCUCAGUCGAGACGGGAUCCCGAUGCAGCCGAGGUGAAGCUGCGUUUGUCGCUUCCUGAGCAUCGGCACCCACAUUCUCCUGACUCCGAGCCUGCAAAGUGUGGGCCAGAAAUGCCAGAGCGAAGGACCUCCUGGGCCCCUGUGAUAAUUGGAGUCCUCUGUGCCGCCUUAACUCUGAUCAGUGUGCUGCUGGUCGUGUACCACAUCCGCAGAAAGGAAAUGCAGUUUGGAGAGGCCUUUGGCCCUAUUUCGGAUGGAGUGGGCCAGAUGGUACAAUACAGGGCAGGAAGAGUCUACAACCGCAGAGGGGCAGAACGCAUCGAAGCGACUUUCGACACUUUGGGAAUCAGCGACGCUUUGAAGCAGAAGCUGGAAGAUAUUUUCAUUCAUGAGCGACAGCUGGAGCUGGGGCGCACGCUGGGUAGAGGGGAGUUCGGCUCGGUCAAGGAGGCUUACUUAAAGAUGGAAGACGGGUCCUCUCAAAGGUUGGCUGUGAAAAUGCUAAAAACUGAAAUCAAUGCAUCUGGAGAUAUUGAGGAGUUCCUGCGAGAGGCAGCCUGCAUGAAGGAAUUCAACCACCCCAAUGUCAUUAAGGUGAUUGGGGUGAGCCUCCAGAGUCGAGCCCAUCGCCGGCUUCCAGUCCCCAUGGUUUUGCUGCCCUUCAUGAAACAUGGAGACCUUCGUACCUAUCUGGUACUGUCCCGGCUUGGAGACCAGCCAGUGGACAUUUCAACACCAACUCUCCUGAACUUUAUGAUUGACAUUGUGAAAGGGAUGGAGUACCUCAGCAGCAAGAACUUUGUCCACAGGGAUCUGGCUACACGCAACUGCAUGCUGGACCAAGACAUGCGCGUGUGUGUGGCAGACUUUGGCUUAUCCCGCAAGCUGUAUAGUGGUGAUUACUAUAGGCAAGGCAGCGCCAGCAAGCUACCCGUUAAAUGGAUCGCACUGGAGAGUUUGGCAGACAACGUGUACACGGUUCACAGCGAUGUGUGGUCAUUUGGAGUCACCAUGUGGGAGAUUGCAGCAAGAGGUCAGACCCCAUACCCAGGGGUUGAGAAUGCAGAGAUUUACGAGUACCUCAUCCGAGGGCACAGGCUGAAGCAGCCCCCAGAUUGCACUGACGAACUGUACAAGCUCAUGCACAAGUGUUGGCACACCGACCCCAAGCUCAGGCCCUCCUUUGAAUCUUUGAGGACGUCGCUGGAAGGCCUCUUACAGGGCCUUUCUACCGCCACAGAGACAGAGCAGCAUCUCUACAUGAACUUACAGGAAGGGGCAGGGGCUACUGCCUCGAAUCAAGGCCACAGCAUGGCCUGCUGGGAAAUGGAUGGUCAAGGUGCGGACAAUAUGGAGGUCUUGGCUAUUUCAGACACUGCUGACUAUCGCUAUGUGACUGCUCCUCUGGGUUUUAUGGAAGACGGAACAGAGGAGACCUCGGCAAAUGAAUCGGAGGAUCCGGUACAGGACGGACAACUGGAAGAUGAAGUCACGAUAAAUCUUUAGCAACGGGAAAUUUAAAUACUGAGCAGUGCAAUAAUGAAACUGAGGGGGAUCCUCUCAGCUGUGCCUUGGUACCACACACGGGUCGAACACUUGUUGGUUACCACUCUCGCUGGGAUCCAGAUCCAAAAAAGACCUUUGAGAUUUCAACAAGAACUGAAGCAAACAGUUUAUUUAUAUCUCUUUGAAGAUCAAAUGUCACUUACUGGACAGAUUUCCAUGCAUUUUUGUUUGAUCUGAAUUGAAACUAGAAGUUUCUUUUUUUCAAAUUGUUCUCAUUGGGCAGGCCGACUUGAUUAAAGGUGCAAUGAUUUUAGAUGUUGGCUCGAUUGACGAGUCAGACUGUAGAAAAGAGCGAUUGUUAAGCAAAACCAAAAGAGAUUUGCAUUUAUGUCGCACUUUUCUCAACCAUUGGGUGUCUCAAAGUGCUUCGCAAGUGUGAAGCACUUUUGAACUGUUGUAAUGUAGGGUAUGUGAUGGCACAGUAAGCUCCCACAAGCAGCAAUAAUCGUUUUUUUUGUGAGUUUGAGGGAAUAAUAUUGGCCAGGAUCCCAGGUUUGGAAUCAUUUACAUCCACCCAAGCGGGCAGCUGGGAUCUUGGUUUCAUGUCUCAUCCGAAAAGCUCCGACUGUGCAGCACUCCCUUGGUACUAUGCUGGAGUGUCACCCUGGAUUCUUGCAUUCAGCACUGGCGUUGAAACUUGAACCUGUGAUCUCGUGAUUCAAAGGCAGGAGUACGACCAACUGAGACACUAACAGCUGACGCUAGGGAAAGACUGACUUCAAUUUUGAACCUCACAGCCACUGAGUACUGUGGCGCAGAGCAAGGUGCCACAAAAGGCAGUGCAACCAUAUCUAGAUUAUUUGUCCUCUUCAUUUAGAGAUUUAUGUCAGCCAGAGUUUUUUUGAAUAAUGCCAUGAGGUCCUUUGUGUUCGCUUGAAACGGGGCCUCGUACUAACAUCUUGUUCAAAAGAUAGUACCCCUGACAAUGCAGCACUCGCUGAAGUAUCAGCCUAGACUUUGUGUUUUGAACCACAUCUGUCUUUCCAACUCAGCUGUCCUCUGAGCGUCAAAUGACAUCAUUGCGUUAAUAUGCACUCCCUUGUACCUUCGUGCAGCUGUGUUAAACUGUGUUGUUUCAACCCAUAGAUGAUACAUGUGAAUCUGUCUGUGCGGAGUUUGCAAUUUCUACCCGUGUCUACAUGUGGGUUUGCUGUGGGUGCUCUGGUUUCCUCCUA